AGCAGUCUUGUUACGUUUCAGAUUAAUUUAGAAUGGGUAGUGUGAAAAGCAGAUUCAAAAUUGUUCUCAUGUUUUCUACUUAAAUACUUGAUCAAGCUAACGUUGAUUGUUGGAUAGCUCCAGUAUGAACGGAAGUGUUCGAUCCCAGUACGGGAAAAGGUCUACGUCCCCGCGACCUCUUCCGAAAGCGAUUCCUUUGCCAACGGUUCCUUCCAUAAAACAGACACCCAAUUAUCACACGUCAUCUGAUAACUUAAACAGGAGUCAGAGCUCCAACGAAGAACCAAUCUAUGAUGUGCCUCCUUGCUUUGACAAUAACUGGGACUCUUCUCAGACGCUUCCUAGACACUCCAUGAUGCACAUGGACUCAGCAGAAGGCAUGCAUUCAAGAACGAGCACUAUGAGCAGUCUGUCUACCAUCAACUCAUGCACUUCUGUGGCAACGCUGACUAAUCAAGCACGUGAACCAAGUUUCAUCCAGCAACUCUCGGUGCAAUUAUACGACAGGUCUCCAGGAGGAGGAGGUCCAUCUCGUGCGUUUGAUGAUGAAAACAUAGUGUCGCAUUGGUACCCCGAAAGUCCAAAUGAGUACUCGAAAACGGAACCACGCACGGGAUCUCUUGGAGAUAAACGCAAGAGAUCCAAGUCGAAAAAUCGAAGUUUAUUGCAACGUUCCGGUUCCGUUUUGAAAAGUAUGUUCUCAUCGUCAAAUGAUGAAGUAUCGGGAACUAAGACGUCUCAUAAAAAGGGAUCCGACUUGGCCUUAACAAUUGACGUGAAUAGCCAACCAUCAUGCAACAUGCAAGGCAGGUUACUUCUGAAGGAAAUCAGAAAUUGCAAGUUUGACGACUUGUCAACUGAGAGUCUACGUGACUUCGAAAUGAUGCCUUGGCAGAGUGUAACCAUAUUCACUUCGCACAGUCAGCUCCACAUGCAGAAAAGUCACAGUGCGCCUCAAAGUGACGACGGGGUCUCGUUAGACCUGGUAGGAUGUCGGUGUGAACCUAUUUUGUGUCAUUCUUCGAGUCUGUCAAAGAAGUCACGUGAUCACAAAACUCGCAAUAUUUCCUCCUCGGUCACGUGCUUCGCAUUCAAACUUCAGCUUCAAACUGAACAUGCAGUGGUACGUGUUUUCCAAACAGAUUCAAAAGACUCCAUGGUGCAAUGGAUUAACUGCUUGCAGAAUAUUUCCCAACUGACUCCGGUUAGCUUCCAGUCUGUCUCCCAAGCACCUCCUAGUCCCAUUCAUGGGUCAUCUUUUGCACACUUGGAAAGCUACCAAAUGUCUCCUUCAAACCCUUACGUGCCAAUAAUUGUGACUGAAUGCUGUGAGCAAAUUGAGCAUCUAGGAGGGCUCCACCUUACUGGAAUUUACAGGGUUCCGGGCAACUCAAUCCACAUUAACUCGCUUCUUGGCCAAAUAAACCCCUCGCUCAGUCAUCUGGAUCUGAGUAAUGCUGAUGUGCACACAACUGCGAGUGCUCUGAAGACGUUUCUGAGACGCCUGCCCGAGCCUCUAAUCACGAACGACUGGUACUCGUCGCUGAUUGUAGCCAAUCGUAAGCGAGACGACUCGGAGAGACUGGAGCAAAUCAAAAUGGUCAUCAAUCAACUGCCAAUUCACAAUUUUGAAACUUUAAAGUAUCUGAUGCGUCAUCUGGACAAAAUCGCUCAACACAGCGAGGAAAAUAAGAUGGAUGUAACCAACCUGGCGACAGUGUUUGGACCAACUCUUCUAAGAAGUCCAGCCUCUCCUGAAGUGCUUCUGGGGCCGAGCUCAAAAGGAGCCAUAGCUGCUCAGAAGGAAGACAUGAUUUCAAUCUGGGGAGACAUGCUAGAACAGCGCAGUAUAAUUGAGGCAAUAAUCUCGAACCACCGUUCUAUUUUUGCAUCAGAUGACUCAAGAAUCAGCGCAGAUUCGAGAUCUGGAAGCAGUCACCUGUUGCCAGAUGUUGUCAAGGACACUGGAUUCCGAAGAGACUCAAACGUGUCUUUGAACUCUUUAACGUCGGCUGCACAAAUGCAUUUAAACUGCACGGCAUCAGCGGUGCGAAAAAUGUCUGUUGAAAAGCUUUCAGCGUUAGCAACCGGUUCUAGAAAAGGGACGUCGUCAAAGCUAGGACCUCCUAGCAGCAGAAACUCCCCGCUCCCCACGAAAGCUGAGUUCAUAGCAAUAAGCCGAGAAGUUUCGCCUGUUCCAAGGCGCUCCAAAUCUAUGAGUGAUAAAGCUGAUAAGUUGAACAAUAAAAUAAAGCAGCACCACGAUGAUAACUCAGCCUCGGAGAAAUCAGAAAACGGCAGUUCGUUUACUGAAACGGAAUCACCAGCCAUGCAACAGGCUGCAGUGUCAAGUGCAAGUUCGAUAUCUCUGAAUGGAAGCGGAGAAGGUAAUUACUUCCAGAGUCAAAAGAUGUUGAAGGACCUGGACAGUUUGAUCGAAUCUCUAAAGGCGGAAUGCAAAGAAAAAGACGACAAGGUUCGCCGCUCCGCUGAAGAAGGCCAGGAAAUGUUCGACAACUUCUGUAAACUUUUCACUAAUGACAGCAAAAGUCCAUCUCGCGCGAGAAAGAAACAAGAAAUAACGGCGGUCCCUGAGGUGAGAAAUUCACCGUCCAAGGAUAGUCAAGCAUCUUCAUCGUUUUCAGGUAGCGGCGACUUGGAGCACCUGAUCGCCCGAGAGUUGGAUGCAAAAAUAGCGAAUUUGAGACUUGAAUAUACUAUCAAAGUUGAUAAGUUCCCAAUUUCGGACUCAGAUCCAAAAGACUCAUUCGUAUGCGAAACUGCCGUUACUGAUAAAACUAGCUUGCCUGAAAAGGCCAGUGUGACUAAUUUUAUUAAAAACCCAUCUUAUGACGUGGAAAGAAAGCAGGAACUGAAAACCGGAGAGAAAUUGGGAAAGCUUUCUUCUGAAGCCGCUGUGAAAAGAUCUGAGUCGAUCAAGUUGGACACGGAUAAAAUAUCACGAAGCAUCGAGGCAAGUUUGAAAAUGAGAAGUGCUGAGUUUGGAGACAGACAACCGAGCGUUUAUGAGAAUGUGGAAGAUUCAAGUCCUACAAGCGAUGAGCAGAAGUUUCAAACACCGUAUAGAAAUAGUAAUAGAGAGCAGUCACAAAAUCCAAUGCUAACUAACACAAAUUUGUACCGCAAUGAAGCUAAAACGACCUCAAACAAACCAGUGCCAAAUAUGAAUCAAAGUCACUCCAUUGAUACCUCAUACUCUCUGCUGCAAACAAGUCCCAAAAUGUCGCCAAGACAUGCUCAAGCGGCCAAACAGUUUCAGUCAAAUGCUACAAGUUUAAGCGUGGACACGCAGAUGCAGUCAACGUCUUCGUCCCGUAGAAGUCCCUUCAAAUCGCCAAAAUCGGACCCGUCUUCUUCCCUUCUGAAGAACGUGAUGGCACCUCUGAGACCCCUCUCGAAGUCGAGGAACAAGCAAAACACAGUUCCAAAUGACACUGCUGACACUGAUGAUAAAACUGGUGGUAAAGUUGGAGACCCUCCUUUUCCUCUGAGUCCGAACUCGACCCUAAGCUCGAAUAAGACAGAUAGACGGACACAGAAGACAGUAAAUGAAAGAGGAGCGCUAGGAGGCGGGGCGCAUUUGUCGGCGGCAACGCCUUCGAGGUCAAAUCGGGGCUCACUGAAUCCGGCUCAUCUGGUCCAAACUAGUGUUGAGUCGAGUGUUAAUUUGAGCACGAAAAACAUAAGCAGUAGUUCAUCGUCAAACAUCGAUCGCAGUGCUAGCCGUAGUUGGGUGACACGAAGUAACCCGGACUUGCUGACGGCGGUCGCGAACAAAUCGGCUAAUCGGCGCUCUGGCGGAGGAGGAGGAACUCCAAGUACUCCUGCGAAAGUAAUCGGGGGAGGGGCCAAUUCUUCUUCUUCUUCAUCUUCAGGGACUCCGAACCCAAAGCAGUUGAUGGUUUUCCAUACCAGCCAAGUUUAGAAAUUAAUUUUGAUAGAAUACUUGGAUAAGUUUCUCAGUUUGCUCCAAACAAGAAAAGUCUAAAU